AUGGAUGCACCCAAAGAUGACCCGCCGCCGUCCACUUCACCUCCGACUGUUGAGCCUCAAACAAGCUCACCCCCAACUGACAAUCCGCCAACGAACCAAACGAACGACAAUGUACCGGGAUUGAUACAACCCCAAGGGCUUCCACUGGGAUUUACGCAUAUACCUCCUCCUCGGACCUCUUCGAUACAGAGCCAGCAGACGCCAACCCCAGGCCGCCAUCGAAAUAGUAUAACGACGCCCGAGCCGGUUUCCUCAUGGAGCGCUGGGUCAGAAAUGCAACUUGGCCAUGCUUCUGUUACUUCAGACCCCUCUGGCGAUAGGGUCUUUCCCAUCAGAUCCGUCGUUAGCGUGGAUCCAGGAAGCAGAGCGUCUGGUGAAGAUUAUUUCCCUGGCGCCACGGACCCUGAUAGUCGUGGGUUUCCUGUUCAUAGACCGAUACCUUUCCGCACCGAGCCUGGCUUCGAGGUGAGGAGAGCCGACACAGGCCCAAUUUCCCCAGCCUCCGCUUCCUCGAGAGAGAGACUUCUACAAAUGCGCCGAAAGAGUACCUUGAGUGGACCAAUUUCUAGUAUCCAGGCGGAUGCCGCUCGCCAUGGCACUAUUGCUCCGCUGGAGCUUAACAUUUCAACCUCUGAUAAAAUGAGCGAAGAAUCAGGGCCAUUAGGGGACAUGGAUCCGGCGGUGGCACCUCUUGGAAUAGAGGGAGUUGAGGUGGCAGAUGGGACCAGUGGUUCUGCAGACUUUCGCCGCUCGUCAGUUGCAGAUAUUGGCCACAUUACGACACGACUUACGUACAUGCAGACUGAAGACGGCCAUCCAGUCAUCACUGGACGCGAUGGAACACUUCAGAGGUGCGAAGACGAACCGAUCCACACUCCAGGCGCUGUUCAAGGCUUUGGGCUUCUUCUAGCUUUGAGGGAGGAAAGUGACGGCUGCUUCGUCAUCCGCUACGUUAGCGAGAAUUCCGAGCGAAUAAUAGGCCAUUCUCCAAAACAGUUAUUCCGUUUGAAAAAUUUUCUAGACAUUUUAAGCGAGGAGCAACAGGACAACCUACUCGACCACAUCGACUUCAUACGAGACGAGGAUGCUGACCCUGCUGUGAACGGUCCUGAAGUAUUCAGCUUGUCUGUAAGGCCACCAAAAGGACGAAGCAUUAAACUUUGGUGUGCAAUACACAUCAAUCCAGCUCAUCCCGAGCUGGUCAUAUGCGAGUUUGAACUGGAUGAUGAUACCAUCUACCCACUUCGUCCGUCUGAUGAAUUGACUCCGGAUACCCCGCAUGACACCUUGCAGUCGAAUCCUACUCUAGAAGAGAUUGAAGAAAGCACAGAAAUCCUUAGUAAGCCUCUUCGGAUUUUACGGAGCGCUCGCAAGCGACGAGGCGAACAAGGAGCAAUGCAGGUCUUUGACAUAAUGUCUCAGGUCCAAGAGCAGCUAUCUUCGGCGCCCAACCUUGAAACCUUUUUGAAGAUACUUAUCGGUAUUGUAAAGGAGUUGACUGGUUUCCACCGUGUCAUGAUAUACCAGUUCGAUUCCUCGUUCAACGGCAAGGUGGUAUCAGAGCUAGUUAAUCCUGCUCAGACUCGUGAUUUAUAUUAUGGGCUCAAUUUCCCUGCAUCUGAUAUCCCACGACAAGCAAGGGAUCUCUACAAGUUGAACAAGGUCCGACUUCUCUACGACCGUGACCUCGAAACUUCCAGAAUCGUUUGCCGCACCAAAGAGGACCUUGAUACCCCUCUAGACAUGAGCCAUGCUUAUUUACGCGCCAUGUCUCCUAUCCAUCUCAAGUACUUAGCUAACAUGGCCGUGCGAUCUUCCAUGUCCAUUUCAAUAAAUGCCUUCAACGAACUUUGGGGUCUGAUAGCCUGCCAUUCAUAUGGCGAUCAAGGCAUGAGAGUGUCCUUUCCAAUCCGCAAAAUGUGCCGGUUGGUUGGUGAUACGGCUUCUAGGAACAUCGAGCGCUUAUCGUAUGCAUCGAGGUUACAAGCACGCAAGCUUAUCAACACAGCACCUACGGACAAGAAUCCGUCAGGCUACAUUAUCGCCUCGUCAGAUGACUUACUGAAGUUAUUUGACGCUGAUUUCGGCCUUCUCUCAAUCAAGGGUGAGACUAAGAUUUUAGGAGCCAUAGAACAAAGCCAGGAAGCGUUGGCCAUGCUAGAGUAUCUGAGGAUGCGUACUCUCACGUCAGUUGUUGCAUCUCAGGAUAUACGAGAGGAUUUCCCUGAUCUCCGAUAUCCACCCGGCUUUCAAGUCAUUGCAGGGCUUCUCUAUGUGCCCCUAAGUGUCGGCGGAAACGAUUUCAUUGUUUUUUUCCGCAGAGGACAGGUGAAAGAAGUAAGAUGGGCGGGCAAUCCUUACGAGAAAAUUAUUCGAGACGGAACAGCAGGUUAUCUUGAACCUCGAACGAGUUUUAAAACUUGGCAUGAGAAAGUCAUUGGGAAAUGUCGGGAAUGGGACGAGGAGAAAAUCGAGACGGCGGCUGUUCUCUGCCUGGUUUACGGCAAAUUCAUCGAAGUGUGGAGGCAAAAGGAAGCCGCUCUACAAAGCAGUAAGCUUACAAGACUACUUCUUGCAAAUUCAGCCCACGAAGUUCGAACGCCUCUUAAUGCUAUCAUCAACUACCUUGAAAUAGCAUUGGAGGGCACGCUAGACCAGGAAACAAGAGACAACUUGGCAAGGUCACAUUCAGCAUCAAAGUCGUUGAUAUACGUGAUCAACGAUCUUCUCGAUCUCACCAAGACAGAAGAAGGGCAAAAUCUGGUCAAGAAUGAAGUCUUCGAUCUCUCUUUGUGCAUCAAAGAAGCAACAGAACCUUUUCAAAAUGACACUCGUAGAAAAGGUCUGUUCUACGAGGUUGUCGAACACCCUGGCUUACCUCAAUUUGUUCACGGCGAUGGUCGCCGAGUGCGCCAGGCAAUAUCAAAUGUGGCCGCAAACGCUGUGACACAUACCCAAGAAGGAUUCGUGAAGAUUGAGGUGUUUGUUUCAGAAGUACGAGAUUGCCAGGCAGUUGUGGACUUCGUUGUGGCAGACUCGGGUCGAGGUAUGGAUACACAGCAACUGGAUGCACUAUUUCGCGAUUUGGAGCAAGUAAGCACCGAAGAGCCUGAAAUUUCUACCCCCCAGGAUCUCAAUCAGACCUCCAAGGCACGAACCCUCGGGCUUGGACUGGCAGUCGUGGCACGAACUGUUCGCAAUAUGGACGGGCAGCUUCGACUAAAAUCAGAGGAAGGACAAGGUUCACGGUUUGUAGUUCAGCUACCAUUCCAUCUCCCACAGGAGAAAACCGAAGUGGUCAAUGAUGGGAACGACGAACUUUCGACAAACACCAAGAAUUCCAACACAGCUCCUUCAGCUGCCCCGGCGUCUCUUUCUGCAGCUCCAGAAGGAGAGAUCAUGCUCGUCAAUCGAGGAAGUCAUGCCGAUCUUUACGCAGAGUCCAAGGCAACUGUGGAACUGGGUAGCCUGAAAAACCGCCGUAGCAUGGAAAGCCAUGAGAGUGUGGGGAGCCAGAAGAGCGAUGCAGACCGUCUAAUCGAUGCCCUUCAGACCCCGCUAUCUCUCCAUGACAAGGAGCCUGCAUAUCCACUUUCAGGGCAAAGUUCAGCAGUGGGCUCUCUCAAGUCUGCGUCAAAAUCAUCACAGGUAUUUGUCCCAAGCUCCGGGAGUCCGCAGUCCAAUAAGAAGCAUCAAGUCCCCCUAGAAGUUCAGCCGCAACCAGAAGUUGGGUUUGCCAAAGUACGAGACACAAAAACGCCAAUCCGAGCUAUCAAGGUUCCCGAUGAAUACUUGGAUAUGCCUCCCCAGCCUCAAUUUGGACAGCAAUCCGGCGUGCUGUUCGAAAUUCCAAAUAACUCAUCCUCAAAAACCAACACAGAGAGCGUGACGAGCGGCGGGACUAGUGACGGGCAGCUCUUGCGCGUCUUGAUUGCAGAAGAUGACCCCAUCAACAUGAAAAUAAUGAAGAAGAGGUUAGAACGAGCAGGCCAUGAGGUUUCACAUGCUGUGAAUGGACAGGAUUGUGCAACCAUGUUCAAAGAGCGUUCAUCAGCUUUCGACGUAGUCUUGAUGGACAUGCAGAUGCCGAUCGUCGAUGGUCUGAAGAGCACUAUGCUGAUACGUGAAUCAGAGCACUCAUCCGGCCAUCUAGGACACUCUACGCUUGCUGCUAAUUACGGUCGCAUUCCUAUUUUUGCAGUUUCGGCGUCAUUGGUUGAGUCUGAAAAGCAGCAAUAUGUUGAUGCAGGCUUUGAUGGGUGGAUUUUGAAGCCGAUUGACUUCAAAAGGCUCAAUACGUUAUUAGUGGGCAUACACGAUGAAGGAAUCCGUGUCUCAUGCCUAUAUGAGCCAGGUGCGUGGGAAAAAGGAGGGUGGCUUCAGACUCAGCCCGAUCAAACAGAGAGCCAGGAGGAGACCACACCGACAGCAGAGGGGAAUGAGAACGAGCUACAGCUCUCGGUUGAAGCUCUGAUCGAGGCAUCAUCCACAAAUCCCGAUGAUGCCUAA